CAAAUUGAGACAUAUAAAUAGCUAGGUGCGCGUUGAAUACACUAACCCCCUCUUUACGAACCCUUCGCACACCUACGCCCAUCGGUCAUCGGACAACAGCCUUGGAGCUUAGAGCAUGGCGACAAACUUGUACGAAGUCCUGGGGUUGGACCGCAAUGCGUCCCCAGAGCAGAUCCGCAGGGCAUACAGACAACGGGCGCUUCAGACUCAUCCUGACAGACAGCCACCCAAUGCGUCUCAAGCGGAUAAAGAUUCCGCCACAGAAAGAUUUCGAUUGGUUGGAAAUGCCUAUGAAGUGCUGAGUGACCCAGAAAAACGUCGCCUAUAUGACAUCAAUGGCGUUUGGCCGCCUCCUAACACCACAAACAUGCAUCAACCAACCAACAACUGGCAAGAGCCAUCAAGAUCCUUUGAUAACUCUUGGGGCAUGCCUAUGCACGACGAUCCUUUCUUCGGCUUCCCUUUCGGAUCCCGCUCGGGGGCACAUCUCACUGAUCCCUUCGAGCUGUUCGACUCUGUGUUCGGGAGUAUGCGCCAAGCGUUUAAUGAUCCGUUCUUCCAUGAUCCGUUCUUCGAUGGUCCCUCAGCCAAUCAACAAUUAUAUAAUACUCCACGAGGAAUGGGGACGAUGGCAUUGGGAUUCCCUUUCGGAGGGAACAUGUUCUCCCCAAGUUUUUUCGGCGCGCCUGCUGGAGGACGGGUGUACACCCAAAGCACCCGGAGAGUGACAUCGCCUGGUUCCGGCUGGGUUUCUGAAAGCCGAAUGACGCGUACCGUAAACGGCGUGACGGAAACGGUAUGGAAACGCACAAAUUCGCGCGGUGAAGAGCAUGCAGUGUACACAUCCCCUGACGGUCGUGAACGCCGUACUAUCAAUGGUGUAGAACAAGGAAAUUCUGAUCCGAGAUAUAUUGAAGCUCCCCAAUAUCCUGAGCAGCAUGCUCCUCCGCUGUAUUCCCCACCUCCUCCCCAGGGCUAUGCCCCUCCCCAGAAUUAUCGUCAACCUCCGAACAGCGCUCCCCCUGCUGCCCAGCCUCUUCUCAACCAACCUCCCCCGCCACUUCCGGGGACAGUCUACGCUCCCCCUGAGGGCCGCCGAUCAUCCAGGCGAACGCCACCCCCGCCUGCGAUGGUUUACAACCCAGCUCAGACCAACCGAGCGCCCAACCAACCGCCACCACCAGGCCAUCCCCCAGGUCCUCCGCCGCAGCAUGGCAUCCCUCCCGCACAGCCUGCUCCUGGCAAAAGUCGUCCACGAGAGCAUGAAAGUCGUCACAGUCGUACGCCCUCGUCACGAAAUGAGCGUCACUAGUUGUAAGUUUACAGUACGUUCGUUGAUGUUUUGCUGUUUUCGUCGUAUAUUAUCCCGCAGUCCUGAAUAUCCAGUUUUGGAACACCCUGUCUUGUUGCUGUGGAAGGACCCUCGUAUGCGCUUACUGUACGCUGUAGAACCUCUGUCGAAACUUGUAUCUCGAUUACUGUAUGAUGGAAUGUAUGAACACAUGGAUAU